UUCUACAGGGGCACCAUUUCUGAUACAACACCGGCUGGCAGGUAGUGGCCCUACUUGCAACGAGUAAAAAGCAUCAAUAAUCGAUAAGAACAGUCUAUGAAAUCCGUAAUUCUACUUACUGUAACGUGUCAAUGUAAAGUGCAUUGUCUGCGGACUACUUCUUACAUCGUAGCAGAAUGUCACACCCUCAGGCUGAGAGUGUCAUAAGGAACAUAAUCCGGGAAAUAGCCCAGGAAUGUGCAGCAAAGGGACAGACUGUGUCUGAAACACUGGUGGCUUUUGUGGUUAAAGCUAUUGUUUUGGAUCAAAGAAAUGGAUUCAAUGUGGACAGAACACUUACAAAAAAUGAUGUACAGAAGCUUAUUAAGCUGUGUGUUGACAGACUAAUGGAUCCAAGAAGUCCCUCUCUUGAGACUAUAAAAAUGCAAGUGUACUUUGAUAUGAACUAUACAAACCGAGGUGAGUUCCUGGAGGAACACCAUCGUGUUCUAGAAUCACGACUUGCGCCUGUAUGCAGGGAGAUCACAGACAGUCGUGCACGCACUGCAGAAGAGCUGGAGAGCCUGUAUCGUAAGAUUGUUAUCUACGUGUUGCUGCGCUCUGGGCUGGGCUCACCUACUGAUAUUAAGGUUGUCAGAGAAGCUACAGCGGCCCUGCAGAGUGUGUUUCCGCCCACAGAGCUUGGUACAUUUUUGUCUCUUAUAAAGAAAGACAAGGAGCGUCAGCUGAAGGAACUCACUAUGAUUAUAACUGGAAUCCGGUUAUUCAACAAGGACUGUGGAAAAGGUGGAGAAGGCAUUGAUGACUUACCAACUAUUUUGAAAGAAGCUAUUUCGGCUACCACCAAACAUAUUGAUUCAGAGCUUCAAGCCUCACGGGAAAUGGCGUACAAGUAUACAGCUCUCAUCGAGGAGAUGGAGGAAAAUAAAGUCAAAAGCAACACUCUGAAUGCAAAUCAGCUAAAAGAGGCUCUUUAUAACUCAAGGCAACAUGAGGCCUUCUUAAAUAUCAUUCUGUCUGAUGUGAUUAGAUGUGCACAACAAGUUCAGAUGAUGGAUAAGCAGUUUGGCGCACAGAUGGAACAGUUAAGAGUCGCUGUUAAAUCACAGACCGCAGUACCUACAGCUCAGGUUUAUCCUCUCUUCAUUUCCCUCUCUAAACUGUGGAACAGUUUCCAGGAUGAAAUUGUGCUAUUAAGUGUCCUGAGCAACAUGGUUGCCAACCUUCAGCCAUUUCUUGGAAUCCAUGAAGCCCUAUUUCCUGAUCAAGUCAUCCAACCACUUUUUAGUGGAAUAGUAGUGAAAAGUGAUGAGGAACGCAUUAAACAGACUGAAGGAAGCCGUAUAAAUUCCCCUGAGGUUUUAACAAAGGACUGGUAUUUCCCAGAGAAUACAGCCAAUUUUGAAAGGCUCCCAAUACAAUAUCAUGGAUUUUGUGGAUUCACAAUUGCGGCAAAAAAUGGCCUUCUGUUGCCUGGAAACCCAGACAUCGGUAUUUUGAAGCACAGAGAUAGAUAUUAUGUUUUCAGUUCUAAGGAAGCUGCUUCUAUGUUUGCUAAAGAUCCUGAUCACUACAUCAGUUUAAUUGGAGAAAAAGCCAAGCAGUGUGCAGAAUUAAUCCAGCUACUAGAGCUGCAUCAGCAGUUUGCAUCGAUUACUCCUUAUUCCCAGGCAGAAGAAAAACUUUUUAUUAAACCAGUCAGCAAAUGCAAUAGCAGCACACAGACCGAUACUCACAUAAUGGAAACAAAUAUUGUGAAAUCAUACGAGUGGAAUGAGUGGGAGCUGAGAAGGAAAGCGAUUAAACUGGCUAAUUUGCGACAAAAAGUUACCCAUUCUAUGCAGACACAUAACAGCCACUUGAGAAGAGAGAACUUCACGCAAGUGUACUUACCAAAACAAGUUGGUACCCAAACUAAAAGGGACAGUGCAACCAACGUCCCCAAACCACAGGUCUUUCUAGCAGGACUUCGUGGGGGAGGAAUGUCAAAGCCUACUAACAUGGUCAAAGUGAAUUUAACUAGAGCUGUUGAUGAGACAUAACCACAAAAUAAAUUCCAUGUAAUGUAUAAAAUGCAAUAAAAGGUCUUUAUAUCAUG